AUGUCCGGCAGAACACUCUCCAAUGACCUGGUGUUAUCCUUGUUGAUUGUUGCCAUCGGGGUGUAUGCUCAAGUCCAGAAAGCUACAGAUGCGGUGCGGGACACGAUCCUGAUCGACCCGGCUGUCAUCCUAAUUGUGGCGGGGGUGGUCAUGUUCUUCAUCACUUUCUGUGGUUGCAUCGGAGCCCUCCGAGAAAACAUUCGCCUCCUCAAGACAUUCUCCUUCAGCCUCACAUUGGUCUUCCUCACUCAGCUUGCCAUCGCAGUUCUGGGCUUCUUCUACUCUGAUCAGACCCGCGGUGCUUUGGGAAAGUUUGUGAAGAAAGCCAUCGUGCACUACAGGGAUGACCUGGAUCUGCAGAACCUGAUGGAUUACAACCAGAAAGAGUUCAAGUGCUGCGGGUGGAACAACGACACGGACUGGUCUUGGAACCUGUACUUUAACUGUACACAUGAGAACUCCAGCUCCGAGCGCUGUGCCGUGCCUUACUCCUGCUGCACUCCUGUUCCUGGAGAGACGGUGAUCAACACCAUGUGCGGUUUUGGGGUUCAAACCAAGAGCCACCUGGAGGCCAACAAGUCAAUCUACCCGGUAGGCUGCGUGGACAAAGCCGUGGUGUGGAUCGAGUCUCAUCUGCUGCUGGUUGGCGCUCUCGCCUUGGGCCUGGCUUUGCCUCAGGUUGCCGGCGUCGUGCUGUCCCAGAUCCUGAUCUCUCAGAUCCAAGAUGAGAUAACUCGGUGUUGUGAGAGCGGGCCGCCGCGGGGGGAAGAGACGGGAAGAAAAGAACUGGCAGUGCUCCGCUCGGCUGACAUGUGCAAGGGUAUCUUCGUUUUUUUGUUGUAUUUAUUGCUUGUGUAUCACUGCGACAUUGAAUACAUCUCGUAUUUUUAAACAUGCUGUUGCCUCCAGGUUUAUAAGCGGAGUGCACUUUAAGUAGUUGCUCGAAAGGUAUCACAUGCAAAAUUCAAAGUCUGUUGCUUUUGUACGUGGCUAUUGUAUUGAUUUUAUUCCAAACGCAUGUAUAUUUAAAUGUCACAUGUUGACUCGCAGUAUGAAUGUGUUCACUUUGCAGAGCUUAAAAGGUCUGCAUCUAAAAGAGCGCCGAGCUCCACGCUGAGGCGCCGUGGAAAGGUUCUGGUGUUCUGGCGUCCGUGCCAGAUGGCCGCUGGUUGGUAAAGCGGUCUUUUCUUAACCCUUUGAAGUCAACGCCCGCAGCACCGCGUUUUUCACUGUUUCCAUUUUUAAAAAUAUUUAUUUUACCUUAUUUCUCAGUCCCAUUCUUAUCAUUUUGGUGAAUGGUGUGACGGACCACAUCAUUUCUACUCAAAAAACGAUAAAACUAAAUUUGGUUUUAGACAUUUAUUUACAUGUAUCUAGCAUUG